AUGGGAAACGAUUCAAGUCAACAGAAUUUACCUUCUUCUUUACCACCCACUAGAAUUCGAAUCACUCAACCUAAUCUAAAAAGAAAUCAUUCACCAACACCAAACACUACUAAUAUCACUACUACCACUACUUCAAAAAAGCUCACUCUUCGACUCAGACCACCUCCACCACCACCCACAUCAGUAUCAGCAUCAACUACUCAAGACGAUCUCUCAUUUCAUUCUACUGCUCUCACCCUUUGGAACACACUCGUCAACACCACUGAUCAAGAUGGAAGACUCAGAUCGACAGCUUUCAUGGAUUUACCAUCUGCGACCGAAUAUCCUGAUUACUAUCAAUGGAUCAAACGUCCACUCUCUCUCAAUCAAAUCAAACAAAAAUUAGAUCAAUUCGUUUAUCCUACUCAAGAAAAAUUCAUUGCCGAUAUGAGACUGGUCUUUAAUAACGCGAAAAAAUAUAAUGUAGAGGAUAGUAUGAUUUAUGAUGAUGCUCGGACUCUUCUUAAAACUUUGAAACGCGAACUUCGUCAAUUGACCUCCACUGAACCUCAACCACAAUCUAACGAUGAAGCACAACAUUCUGAUAGUGAACCCAAGCAAAAGAAGAUCAAAUUGAAGAUCAAAACAACUGCUCGACACUCGACUCCUCCAGUUCCAUCUGAUCCUAAAUCUAUUCCCAAUGUCAACUUACCUAUCUCUAACGGUCCUCCAGUCGGCUCUACACCACCUGUCAACAACAAAUCUCUUCCAGUCAAACCAAGUCCUCAAGAAGUCUUGAGAUCAGCCACAAAGUCUAACUCUAUCCACUCACCCAAGCCAUCCAACUCUACAUCAUCUAGAAGAGAUGUCACCCUGAAAGCGUUCAUCAAGGCUCGUCUAAAAGCUCUCGAAGAGGUUCGAGACCCUCAGACUGGCAGGCGAUUGAUGGAAGAGUUUCAGACUUUACCUGAUAAAUCGGUUUGGAAAGAGUACUAUGCGGUGAUCCCAAGUCCUAUCGCAUUCGAGAACGUUAGGGGCAAAAAUGAUAAGCGAGCAUAUAAAGAUUUAGAUAGUUUCAAAGCAGAUGUGCAAUUGAUCUUUAAAAACGCUCAACAUUUCAAUGAAGAUGGAUCGAUAGUAUGGAACGACUCCAAAAUCUUAGAGCAAAAGUUUGCCGAAUUGAUCAGUGAUGCACCUGCAGAAUUUCCUGAACCAGUUUUACGAGGACCUUAUAAGAAAACUCAAGAGCGACAAUCUCAGCAAGCUGCGGUAGCAAAAGAAAAAUCAACACCUGCUCCUCAAUCUGCGAUUCCUAGUCAACCGCUUGCAGUACCUAAUCUGACUCCUCCAGUAUUAGCUGGUCGUGUUUCUCCUCGUUUAAACCCGGUUGCUUUACCUGCUCCUGUGGCGAUACCUCCCGCCAUUCUCAAUGGUCUACCAAUCGCACACCAACCAACAUUAUUAGCUCAAAUCGCUAACUCACUUCCUAAAGCAGUACCAGUCCCCUCUAUUCCACCCAGAGCUUCGUCACCGGCUCCAGCAGUAGAUCGAGUGCUGCGUAGUGCAUCUAGAUCACCAUCUCGUCAACCUACUCCAUCGAUCAUUCCACCUGCGCGUGUUCCUAGUCCACUUAGACCGCCUAGUUUGCCUAUCAUUCCACCAUCUAUUCCAUCCAUGGGUCGACAUCUUCCUCCAUCACUUCCUGCUCGACCAUUAUCACGCUUGGCACAUGAGAUCUCACCAGCAUUGAUGGGAAAUCAUUUUGAACAACAUCCACCUUUACCACAAUCACAAGGAAGAGUGAACGUGAAAAUUCCUAAUGAAGUGGAUGGCUCAUUGAUCAACUCUUUUAAAUUGAUCACCAUACCAGCUACUACAUUAGAAAUCGAAAUGAAGAAUGAUUAUGUAAGACAACAUGCGAUUCAUUUACCAUCUAAUACGAAAGCGAUUAGAGUAUCAGUUGGAUCAUCAUCGUCUUCUGCUUCUAAGUCAAAUGGAGAAACGAUCUUUAGAUGUAGAGGUUCGACGACAGGUAGGAUUGUGAGAGAUCCGAAUGAUCGGUUCUUGGUUGAGAUUUGGGAAGGAUUGAAUGUGAUUGAGAUUGAGGCUGAAUCGAUGGUGAAUCGAGAAAAAGAAAAGGAAUUGUAUAGGAUCUUUGUUCAUAAAUGAUGAUUUUCUUUUUUUUGGUUUCUUUUCACACCAAAAAAAAACAUGAUUUGAAAAUUGUUUUCUUUCUUUUUUUUGAAAGGUUUUUUUUGGGUUGGGAUUGGGUUGGGAUUGGGUUGAGAAUGGGUUUUUUUUCUGAAAGGUUAAAUAUGAAAUAUGAAAUAUAUACAUAUACAUAUAUAAGAAUCUUAAGAAGAAUCAAAAAUUCAAUUGUUUUUUUGUUCCAAUUUAUGUAUUUCUGUUUGGUUCUUUUCUGUUUGAUGUUUUUUUUUCUUUGGUUUUGGUUACUUUGGUUUAUGAAAUGUGAUUGUUGUGAUCUUUUUUGU